GCUUGAACAAGCCCAGUCUCUGAAUGGGCGGGGCUGACAUUGAGGGCGCGACUCCUGAGCCUCCCUGGAAAGAGGGAGCUGGGGGACCCCAACUUUGGUCUGAGAGAGAAGCGGCCGGGGAUAGCGGACACCCUAAGGAGGAGGGCAGUGGGGGCCUGGACUUCUGGGUCUCUGUCCAAGGACUUCUCUGGACCACAGCCUUUUGCCAGACCCCUUCUAGCCCCCAGCCCACCAUGGCCCCUUCAGGUGUCCUGCUGCUCCUGCUUGUGCUGCCAGUGGCUGCAGCUCUGGUGACCCCAGGUUCCUGUUCCGGAUGUGGGCCCCUCUCUCUGCCAAUGCUAGCAGGCCUCUUGGCCGCCGAUGCGGUGGUGUCGCUACUCAUCGUUGCAGUGGUGUUUGUGUGGGCUUGCCCACACCGCAGGCCCACCCGAGAUGACAAAGUCUACAUCAACAUGCCUGGCAGGGGCUGACCCCCUUGUAAGUGAGACCUUUGACUUCUGACCCUCUCAUCCCGCAUGGUAUGCAGCCACACAGGAAACGCACUCCCCACUUUGGGGUGGAAUAAAACAAUUGAACUCCC